AUGAGUAAACCACAGAUUCUUUUGUUAGGCGAGAUCGACCAUGCCAAAGCAGAAUGGAGCGAGCUUUCCAAAAUUGGUGAAAUCAUCGAACCCAAAGCACGAUCUCGUCAAGAAUUCUUAGAGGAGUGUAAAAAUGGUGUUUACGAUAAAGUGGUGGCUGCAUACAGAACUUUCAUGAGUGUGGCUAUUACAGGCUUGAUUGACGAGGAGUUGAUCAGUGUGCUACCAAAGAGCUUGAAGUUUAUUGCUCACAAUGGAGCUGGAUAUGAUCAGAUCGAUGUAAAUGCUUGUACUGCGCGCGAUAUCCGAGUUUCGAAUGUUCCAACUGCGGUGGAUGAUGCUACGGCCGAUACCAACAUGUUUCUCAUUUUGGGAGCAUUGAGAGGGUUCAAUACAUCAAUGAUGGCUCUACGAAAUGGGCACUGGAAAGGAUCUCCAGCACCACCUCUUGGACACGAUCCUCAAGGAAAGGUCCUUGGUAUCUUGGGAAUGGGUGGCAUUGGACGAAACCUCAUGAAGAAGGCAUCUGCUUUUGGUAUGACCUGUCAAUAUCACAACCGUUCGAAGCUUUCGGAAGAAUUGAGCGGAGGUGCCAAAUAUGUUAGCUUCGAUGAAUUACUGGCUACAAGUGAUGUUCUAUCCUUGAAUUUGCCUUUGAACAAAAAUACCCGCCACAUCAUUUCCACGGAGGAGUUCAAGAAGAUGAAGAAGGGUGUUGUUAUCACCAACACAGCCAGAGGAGCAGUCAUGAACGAAGAUGCUCUAGUAGAAGCCCUCAAAUCUGGUCAAGUCUGGUCAGCAGGUCUUGAUGUCUUCGAAGAGGAGCCAAAGGUUCAUGCUGGAUUAAUUGACAACCCGCAUGUCAUGCUGAUACCACACAUGGGAACUUGGACUAUCGAAACUCAGACGAAGAUGGAGGUCUGGUGUAUCGAUAACGUUCGAAGUGCGAUUGAGAAAGGAAAGUUGAUAAGUCCAGUGGGAGAACAAAAGGAUAUGUAG